AAAUAUUUAUGCAGAAGAAUCUUUAUUAAACGUUAAUAAUGCGGAAAAAACCAUCCGCCACAAAAUAUCAAAUAGACGAAGAUAACGGUACUUCAGAACUUUGCAGUAAUGUACCCGAUGAGUGUGACGCCACUCAUAGUGAUGCUGAUUCAGAUGUUGUGCAGAUAUCUCCUCUUUUUCUUUUGGAUAGUUCAGGACGUACCGUUCUACAAGAUGGUACUCCAGUUGUUGAACCAGAAGUUGUUAAUUCAACAUACAACUCAUUUAAAAGGCAUGGAAGAAGUGAAAAGGGACAUGCAUCCAAAAUAUGCGCUGGAUUUAGUCCAGGCGUUAUGGACUUUGUCAAGUGCACGGCUUGUUGCUGCAAAAUACAACCAUUCUCCAUGCCGUUUAGUGUCCAUCCAUUCUUGAAGGUGAUCCUCUGUAAACGUUGCACUAAGUAUUGCAAAAACCAGAACUUUGCAAAAGAUGACGCAGGGAAGGAUGAUAAUUGUAAAUGGUGUUCAGACGGUGGAGAUCUUGUGUGCUGUGAUACUUGUUCGUUUGCAAUUUGUAAGAAAUGUAUCAAACAGAACUUGGGUAGAACCUACUUGCGUAAUGUCGAAUCUCUGAAUGAAUCGGAUACUUGGAAUUGCUUCGUAUGUGAUCCUACGCCUAUCAAAGCAUUACAAGAUAACUGCUCAGAGAUUGUUGCUAAGGUAGAGGAGUAUGAAACUAUAAGAAAACUUCGGUCGACAAAAGCUCAAGAAACAUGGCGAUCUCGUUCUAAAGUCCAAUGCAGUCAAUCUAAUGAUGUUAAUAUGCCAGAUUUAUCGUCCGAUUACAUUCACCCUAAUAAUUCCAGUGCUACAGAAGGCUUGAUCUCAUCUUCGAAUUUAUUUCAUUAUUCUAAUAAUAAUCUGCUUAAUAAGCACAAUGUAUUCCAGUUAUCUAAUGUAUCGUCAGAUGGUGUAAAUAAUGUUAAUGAAUCACAUCAAUACGAUAAAGUCAACAAUGCUCAACAACUCCCCGUUAUUAAUCAUCAUAAUCCAUUGUCCACUUCAGAAUCAAUCGACCUUCAUAGUAUUUUUAAUCAAAUAUCUAGUGUGAAUGAAUCGAAUGUGAAAACAGCUCUACGAGCUUGUCAAAGAUGUUUAGAUAUAUUUGCUAAAGAUAUACGUCGUUUAGAGAAUAAUUUAAUGCGUAAUCCACCUCAAAUGAGUUUGGAUAAAAUAGCACAAUCAUUUCAAGGCAUUUAUAAAUUUCAUUUAUUCACACGAUUAGGUAAUCUUGUUGCAAGAAUGCAAGAAGAACAAGAUGAGAAUGUCAUUACUAAUACAAUUAAAAGUAAACAACCAACUUCAUCGUAUUCUUUGAGUGUUCUUCCUCAGUUAAAUAAUAUUUCUACUUCCAAGCCGAUAUUGAAUAUUUCAACGGAUGUAACAAUUGAUUUGACAAAAGAAGAUAAUUCCUCUGAUAUUGUGUCUCCUCCACCUGAAGUUUUCAAACUGAAGACAAUAUCAUCCAAUUGUUCUUCUACACCAAUACAUUCGGAACAAUUUGCACCGACAACAUCAGAUGCUCAUGUUAAUAACAAUAAUAAUAACGUCUGUAUUACUAAUAUUACUACUGCUACCGGUACCACUACUACUACUACUACUACUAUUAAUGAUAAUAAUAAUAAUAAUAAUAAUAGUAACAAUAGUAGUAACAAUAAUAACAAUAGUGUUAAACAUAAACUUGACGAGGUAGAAAUGAAGUUGGAAACAGAUAACGGGAAAAGACGCAAAUUGGAUUUUGUUAAAGAGUCAAUUGAUGUGAACCAUCAAGAUGAAUUAUCUCAUGAGCAGUUGUUAUCAGAAGAACAAGAUUUAGAGAGAGAAGUGCAUAAUCUAGAACGUCUUUGUACCAAAUCUAUCAAUCGUAGUUUGAAAGAGCAGUCUAUUGUGGAUGAGAAAAAAUAUGCUGAGUCGAAUUUGAAUCCCUCGGAAACGAAAAAACUUAUUCAGAAUACUGAUAAUAAAAAUAUUAAUCAACGAGUAAAUCGUCGUACUAAAACAUCUAAUAAGAAUUCCAUUGAAUUUGAAGAUGAUGAUUCAUGGUCAAUUGAAGAUAAUUUGAAUUCAUCUCAAAAUAAUGCAGAUGUUACAUUUGAUGGUUCUGAAUCAAAUGAUUUAGCUGAAAAUGAUCCUAUUGUUAGUGAUUUACACAACUCUCGACAAAAUCAACUUGAUAUUAAAACAAAUGAUUAUUUGCAUAAUUUAAAUGCUCGUGAUGAUUUAUUGAAAUCCAGCUCGGAUGAUGAUAAUGAUGAUGAUGAUGAUGAUGAUGAUGAUCGUGUCGUUGAAGAAGUUGUAGACAAUAAGGCAAAAGUAUUAACAAAUAACAAUAAAGAAAAUGAUAGUACAUCCAGUAGUAGUACAAAACUUCAUGUUCAUGUAAGUGAAAACGCUUCAGAUAAUAAUAAUAAUACUACAAGUAAUUCACUUGGAAAUAUACCUUUGUCUAUGAAUUUCGAAAAAACUGCAAGCUCAUCUGAUCCGACAGUUUGUUUAACCCGUCUUACUAAAUCAAUUGUCAACGAAAAUGUCAACAGUUGUGAAAAUAGAUCAGAUCAAACAAGUUCUCUGUUUGAUGUUAACGAAGAAAGUGAAUUGAAAUUCAAUUCAAACAAUAAAGAUUCUGCAAAUCUUACAUCUUCCACUAGUCAUACACAACGAAUACGGCAUUUAUUAUCCAGUUCUGAAUCUGAUGAAAAUAAUAUUGAUGAUAAUACUGUUCAUCUUGAUCAAGAGGAGGAGGAGGAGGCUGAUAAUAUCAAUGAUGAUGAUUGUGAAAGUGAACAAAGCACAUCAAAAUCAUCAAAAUCUGAUUUACCCCAAACAAGAUCUAAAACACGUAAACAGAAUAGGAAACCAGCAGUAAAUCCGAUUAGAAAGUCACAAAGACACUCAUCUGCUAGACUUAUUUCUGGUCUUUCAGAUAAUGAUGACAAUGAAAAUAAUCAUAAAACUGUAAAAGAAAAUAUGAUUGAAGAGAUGAAGAAAAAAUUACAAAAUACUGAUUCAUCAAGUGAUGAAAUAGACACUAGAAAACAAUCUUCACAACAUAAAUCAUCUAAUACAAAACGACGUAAACGUCUACGUAAAGCUAAAUCCGAUGAUAGUGAUAAUAAUAAUAAUAAUCAUAAUAAUAAUAGUAUUGAAGAAGAACAUUUAAAAAAAGACAAUAAUGUAAACAAAUCGACAAUAGAUGAACAAAUAACCGAUGAUACAUUAGAUGCUAAAGGUCGUAAAAAGAUUCGUAGGAUUUACGCUGCUAAUCGAUUAUCAGAAACUACUAAAGCUGCUGAAGCUUGUGAACAAGAACGUCGACGUCGUUUAGCUGAACGGCAAAAGAUGUAUAAUGAUUUCAUUGUUCAAGAUGGUGAAGGAAUCAAUGCAGUUACAACAAAAUUAAUUUUAGAUCCAAGUGAUCCAGUUGUUGAAGUUCAUCCAGAUAUAGUGAAACAUUUAAAACCACAUCAAGUUGAAGCUGUUCGCUUUCUAUGGGAUUGCACUAUUGAAUCUGUGGAGCAUCAAGCAACUCAAAGUGAAUCGUCCUCUUCUACAGGAAGUGGUGCAAUUCUUGCUCAUUGUAUGGGUUUAGGCAAAACACUAUCUGUGAUUACAUUUUUACAUACAUUAUUAAGAUAUCCGGAACAGAUAAAUAUUCGUACAUGUUUAAUUAUAUGUCCAGUCAAUACUUUACUCAAUUGGAAACAUGAAUGGAAUAUAUGGUCGCCUGAAAAUGAACCGGUAGAUGUUUUUGAAUUAGCAUCAAAGAAUAGCAAUAGACUUAAAUUGGAUAUUGUAAAACAUUGGCAUAAAAAUGGUGGUGUCCUUUUAAUUGGUUAUGAUAUGUUUCGUAAUUUUAUUAUUACAUUAAUGAAACGAACACGAAGUAAAGAUGUGAAAACGACAAUCUCUUCAUCUUUAUUAAAUCCUGGUCCAGAUAUUGUUGUUUGUGAUGAAGGACAUUUAAUGAAAAAUUCUAAAUCACAUAUAGCUAAAGCUGUAUCACAAAUUCGUACAAUGAAACGUAUUAUUCUGACUGGUACACCUUUACAAAAUAAUUUAAAUGAAUAUCAUACAAUGGUUGAUUUUGUGAAACCGAAUUUAUUAGGAACUUUAAAAGAAUUUAAUAAUCGUUUUGUGAAUCCAAUCAAAAAUGGACAACAUUCAAAUUCAACACCAAGAGAUGUAAAUAUUAUGAAGAAAAGAGCUCAUAUUUUAUAUAAAACAUUGGAUGGUUGUGUUCAGCGUAAAGAUUAUAGUGUAUUGACGAAAUAUUUACCACCAAGAUAUGAAUAUGUCAUUAUGUGUCGAUUAACUAAAGUACAACAAGAAUUAUAUGCAUAUUUUUUAGAAAAUUAUAGUAAUUUAAAUGCAAACAAUACUGUUUCAUUAAAUAGCACUACUAAUACUACUAAUAAUACUACUAAUAAUCAUAAUCAAGAUGAAACAAAUCAUCGAAAAAAAUUAUUCAUGAUUCAACAAAUUUUAUAUCGUAUCUCUACUCAUCCACAUGCAUUAAGAAUACAUGAAACAAAAGAAGCUCGUAAAAUGCUUCUUAUGGAUGAAGAUAGUUUUAUUGAUGAUUCAGCGAAUUCCUCCGAAGAAUCUUCAACUAGUUCAUCGUCUUCAGAUGACGAUAAUGAUGAACAUGUCAACAAAAAAUCGGAUGAAAUUGAUGUAGAUGCUGAAGCUGAAAAAUCAUCAAAUAUUACUGAUUCACGCAUUAACAAUAAUAAUAAUACUGUUAGAUCACGUCGUCGACAUCGUCCACUGACUCGUCAAGAAUCGAAAAAUCCUACAAUUAUUAUUGAUUCAGAUGACAAUUCAGAUAAUAAUAAUAAUGAUGAUGAUGAUAAUAAUUCUGAAGGUGUAAUUGAUGUUAAUGAAUGUCAAAAACCAUGGUGGUAUAUGUUUUAUAAAGAUGAAUAUGAUUGGCAAAUUAAUGUAGGCGCUAAAAUGGAUGUUUUAUUUAAUAUAUUAAAACGAUGCUCAGAUAUUGGUGAUAAAGUGAUUAUGUUUUCGCAUAGUUUAAUAUCGUUGGAUUUAGUUGAAAGAUUUCUAGCAGAAUUGAAUCGUCAAUGGUCUGUUUAUCAAGAUCAGCUAUCAAACGAGAAAAAUCCUGACAGCAUAGAAUUUUCGCAAAAUCCUGAAAUUUUAAAUCGUCCAGAUUUAUCAACAUAUUUUUCUGAUAUUGGGCAUAAUACAUGGAUACGUGGCUUAGAUUAUGAACGGAUGGAUGGUAGUAUGAAUGUAAAUAUACGCAAAGAUUUACAGACACGUUUUAAUGCUACAAGUAAUACACGUUUACGAUUAUUUAUUAUAUCUACUAAAGCUGGUGGACUGGGUAUUAAUUUAAUCUCUGCAAAUCGUCUUAUACUUCUUGAUGCAUCAUGGAAUCCUAGUCAUGAUAUACAAUCUAUAUUUCGAAGUUAUCGUUUUGGUCAAACUAAACCUGUCUAUAUUUAUCGUCUUAUUGCACAAGGAACUAUUGAAGAGAAAAUUUAUGAUCGACAGGUCACUAAACAAUCUUUAUCACUACGAGUAAUUGAUGAACUACAAAUUGGUCGACAUUUUUCCGAUGCUGAUCUACAAGAAUUAUUUACAUUUGAACCAGAUAUAUGGUAUCCUGAUAAAAUUGAUAAACGUCCUACACCAAUAUUACCAAAAGAUCGUUUAUUAGCUGAUAUGCUUACAGAAUAUCCACAAUUAAUUGUGAAUUAUCAUAAUCAUGAUUCAUUAUUAGAGCAUAGAGAAGAUGAAGGUCUCACUGAAUCAGAACGUCAAGAAGCAUGGAGAGAAUUUGAAGAAGAGAAACGUUUAGGUAUAUCAUUAGCACAACAUCAACGUUUAUUAUUACAACAAGAAUGGUUAGUUCAACAUCAACAAUUAAUGCAACAACAACACCAGCAACAACAACAACACCAGCAGCAACAAUUUCAACAACUACAAUAUCUUCAACAUCAUCAACAACGUUAUAUUCUACCAUCAAAUUUUCAUUAUCCAUUAUUGUCAUCUUCUAAUAGGGAACAAACAACCAUUGUUAUUAGUGAUGAUAAUAAUAAUAGUAGUAGUAAUACAACUACUACUACUAAUUAUACUACUAAUACUACUAAUACUAUGCAUAUGUUACCGAUAUCGACUUAUGCUAGCAGUAUUCCUGUCACUACUACUACUACUACUACUAAAUCAAAUGUUAUCAAUAUUGACAAUGGUAAUAAUGAUGAUGUACAAGUUGUUUUACCACAAGCAACUAAUAGUACUACUACUAAUAAUAAUAAUAAUACUAUUGGAAAUCCAUUAGUUACUGCUUAUCCAUCAUCACGAACUCAUCAAGCACGUGUUGUGAUACCUCCUGUUACUAAUAUGUUGAGUAAUCCAUAUGGUGCAAUGUAUUCGGAAGUACGUCGUCAUGUGAUGCUGAAAGAUCCUAGUUUAGCUUCAAAUCCUGAAAAAUUAGAUAAAGUUACAAUGAAUCGUUUGUUGAAUGCUUUAACUACUCCAGUUUUAAUUAGUUCAACUGAUGCACGCAAUCAAAAUGCCACAUUCUCUUUACGUAAUAAAACAUCACAAGCUUAUCCUCAUACAAAAAAUUAAUGUAUUUUAUAUAAAUAGAUAUAUAUAUAUAUAUAUACAUAUAUAUGUAUUAUGAUCUU